AUGUCGUCCAAGCUCCGCUCCGGCGUCUCUUCAUUCGUCCAGGAGGUCAAGGGCCUCCAGAAGUCUGCCGGGCUGCUCGGAAGUGGCCAAAUUUUCAGUGAUGAUGCGGAUUCCACCAAUUCCGGCAGCGUCGACGAGCAUAACCCCGCCUACCAACUGGACAGCGGCUCCCCGGACUCGCUGCUGAACGAGGCGUUCUGGAUGCGCGGGCUUUUCGAGGAAGAAGAGGUGCACCCCACCUCCUCUCGCGUGAUGGACGUCUCGUUGUGCGUGGCGACGCUGUGCCCGCAUUGCCAGAUUAUGGUCUACGACGAGGAGAUUAUGGCCGGGUGGAAGGUGGAAGACCAAAACAUGAACACGGAGUGCCCGUACUGCCGCGGCGACGACACCGACCAUCAUGGCCUCUUCGCCCCGAUGCUGCACGUGAACUUUGCGUGGAAGAAGGACAGCCGAGUCAGCUGGUACCAGCCGGCGCUGCGGAAGCCGGACGCCGAUGCUUCUGCUGUGAAUGAAGAGGGGGAAGCCAGUGAACCGCCAGCCCCGCUCACCGUCGCCUUCGUGUCGCCCGUGGUGUUGCGCAGAGAGCUGGAGACGCUCGUGCACCAGGAUAUGCAAGCUCUAACGACAAAUCCAUCAUGGAAACCCAUCCGGUCAUCUUCUGGAAUUUGGCGUACUUCC